UUACUAAUGUAAUGAUUAUAAAUAAGAUAAGAGAUAUAUUGUGUUGCUCAAUGUGAUAUAUUACGUGUGUAUCCUUGUGACAGUAUUUGUGUUACAGGUAUCUGUAAUGUUGUGUCACCAUCAGUGCCAAGUCUGUUUCUGCAUAGCUGGUGAAUCUCAAUAUAUAUAUAUACAUACGUUCUCCUUUGCAAUGUAAGUCAGGUUAUUGUAGUAUCAAUUCGUUGUUGUCACUGACACUGCUUGUUACCUGUAUGGCAUACUUGAAGUGCACUACACCCAGUUUCUGUCUUCCCUGCGGCAGCACGUAGUUGUGGACACUCUUAGUGUACUGUUACAGUUUCUGGUAACAGGAAAGAUGCCAAGAAGAUUUGACAGUGCUGAUAUGACUAAUACCCUCAAGGAGAGUUGAAUAGUUAACAUUGUUAAUACCACUGUAUGAAACACAAUGUGUCACAAUGUAUAGAUAUAUUUACUUGGUUUAUAUACCUUCUGGUGCAGGUCGCAGGACAUCAUCACUCAAAACUACAAUAUUUUGUUGUCUCUCUCUAUGUUCCUCUGCUCAUUUCAGUGUGGUUGAGUAGACAUCUUCCAGAAUAAGGGUCUAGUGAUAUAACAACUGCCUUUUUGUACUCUGAAGAAUGUACCGGUAGUUACCUUCUCACUUCUAGUUCUACCCAAAUAACAUCUGUAAGUAGUUAUCUCAUGUCUUGCUCAUUUUUCUUUAGAAUACUCCUUACAGUUGGUUCAGAAGCAUCUGCAUGUGUCUCUUGUGGAGACUGUAUGGCCUCAAGAUUAACUUUACUAAUAUGAAGAAUCGUGUUGUCCUUAACUUUGUUUGAGUAGUGUACUUAGACUAAUACUGACACUCUGGGACACUGCAACACAUCAAUGGAACCAAAUGAAUUGCUGAUGCUGCAUAUGUUUAACAUACAAAACUUGGUAUUUCUAAACUUUUUGUGUACCAGAAAUUGUGUUUUCUGGUGAAAGAUUUUUUUUUAAGGAAGCAUAAUGUUUUAUUGUCCUCCAUUAAUGUGGCAAUGUCAGUGAUAUUAAGUUCAGAUUGUAGCAGGUUCACCAAAUUGAUUUUCAUAUGGAUUAGCAUUUACCCGAUUUGGUGCAAUAUCUUUGUUUGUUUGACCAGGUUUUUCUCAGAACAAAACUACUGGUAGUUGCUUUAUCUAAUGAAACACUAUUGAAAUGAUGUGGUUAAACGUGAACAAAGUCUCCAACAUGUGCUCCACUUUGCACUGUUGUCUUCACUGUCCUGAAAGUAAUCUGUUUGGCUGGAUAUGCUGUCACCGAACUUUGCCAGGGGAGACCUCAGUAGCAGGCUUCUCAUGAUACUGGUAAUCUCUCUAACAACUCUGGUAUCAUACAGGACUGGUGAUACCAGCAAAUCCUUCAACCGAUGUCACUUGCCUUGCUAUCUUCCUCCUUCACAUACAACUGUUACACGGCUGGUAUACAGCUUCAUAAUCUUGACUGUCUGCAACUGCCUUACUCAUGCUAUGUUUGCCAUCUUGACUGUCUGCAACUGCCUUACUCAUGGUAUGUUUGCCAUCGUGACUGUCUGCAACUGCCUUACUCAUGGUAUGUUUGCCAUCGUGACUGUCUGCAACUGCCUUACUCAUGCUAUGUUUGCCAUCUUGACUGUCUGCAACUGCCUUACUCAUGCUAUGUUUGCCAUCGUGACUGUCCGCAACUGCCUUACUCAUGCUAUGUUUGCCAUCUUGACUGUCUGCAACUGCCUUACUCAUGCUAUGUUUGCCAUCUUGACUGUCUGCAACUGUUUUACUCAUGGUAUGUUUGCCAUCUUGACUGUCUGCAACUGCUUUACUCAUGCUAUGUUUGCCAUCUUGACUGUCUGCAACUGCCUUACUCAUGCUAUGUUUGCCAUCUUGACUGUCUGCAACUGCCUUACUCAUGCUAUGUUUGCCAUCUUGACUGUCUGCAACUGCCUUACUCAUGGUAUGUUUGCCAUCUUGACUGUCUGCAACUGCCUUACUCAUGCUAUGUUUGCCAUCUUGACUGUCUGCAACUGCCUUACUCAUGCUAUGUUUGCCUUCGUGACUGUCUGCAACUGCCUUACUCAUGCUAUGUUUGCCAUCUUGACUGUCUGCAACUGCCUUACUCAUGCUAUGUUUGCCAUCUUGACUGUCUGCAACUGCCUUACUCAUGCUAUGUUUGCCAUCUUGACUGUCUGCAACUGCUUUACUCAUGCUAUGUUUGCCAUCUUGACUGUCUGCAACUGCUUUACUCAUGCUAUGUUUGCCAUCUUGACUGUCUGCAACUGCCUUACUCGUGGUAUGUUUGCCAACUUGACUGUCUGCAACUGCCUUACUCAUGCUAUGUUUGCCAACUUGACUGUCUGCAACUGCCUUACUCAUGGUAUGUUUGCCAUCUUGACUGUCUGCAACUGCCUUACUCAUGCUAUGUUUGCCAACUUGACUGUCUGCAACUGCCUUACUCAUGCUAUGUUUGCCAACUUGACUGUCUGCAACUGCCUUACUCAUGCUAUGUUUGCCAUCUUGACUGUCUGCAACUGCCUUACUGAGGGUCUGUUUGCCAUCUUGACUGUCUGCAACUGCCUUACUGAAGGUCUGUUUGCCAUCUUGACUGUCUGCAACUGUCUUACUGAGGGUCUGUUUGCCAUCUUGACUGUCUGCAACUGCCUUACUGAGGGUAUGUUUGCCAUCUCGACUGUCUGCAACUGCCUUACUGAGUGUCUGUUUGCCAUCUUGACUGUCUGCAACUGCCUUACUGAAGGUCUGUUUGCCAUCUUGACUGUCUGCAACUGUCUUACUGAGGGUCUGUUUGCCAUCUUGACUGUCUGCAACUGCCUUACUGAGUGUCUGUUUGCCAUCUUGACUGUCUGCAACUGUCUUACUGAGGGUCUGUUUGCCAUCUUGACUGUCUGCAACUGCCUUACUCGUGGUAUGUUUGCCAUCUUGACUGUCUGCAACUGUCUUACUGAGGGUCUGUUUGCCAUCUUGACUGUCUGCAAGUGCCUUACUCAUGCUAUGUUUGCCAUCUUGACUGUCUGCAAGUGCCUUACUCAUGAUAUGUUUGCCAUCUUGACUGUCUGCAACUGCCUUACUCGUGGUAUGUUUGCCAUCUUGACUGUCUGCAAGUGCCUUACUCAUGCUAUGUUUGCCAUCUUGACUGUCUGCAAGUGCCUUACUCAUGCUAUGUUUGCCAUCUUGACUGUCUGCAACUGCCUUACUCGUGGUAUGUUUGCCAUCUUGACUGUCUGCAACUGCCUUACUCAUGGUAUGUUUGCUAUUGUCACUUUUGACAACUGUGCCACGCAUGGUAGGUCAUUAUUCUUUCACCGUCCUCAACUGCCUAACAUGUUUAAUGGAUGCUUUGAGGACAGUUAAUCUUGAUUAAAGUGGCAAGCACAAAAGAUAAUCACACAUAAGAACUACUAGAUGUUUAUUUUUGCAGCAUUCAUAUCAUAUGUUGGGGCUGGGUUUUAUUUUUUCUAUCAUUUUGUACUGAAUAUUUAGCUGAAUCAUAUGAACAAUAAUACCUUUACCAUCUAAUGUUUUAUCAAUAUACCUACCAUGUGUUUGUUACUCACAACAAAAUGAUGUCUGUAUGCUACAGACUGACCAUUUAUUCCUUUCCUGACUUGAUAAUAAUGAAACUUUAGUUUGUUGAGUGACGAAUAGACAGGUCAGUCCCUAGCAAUCAGGUCAUGGCCGAUUUACAUCUUGCUACUCUGGCAAGCAACAUCAUUUAUACCUAAAGACCUUGCUCUUAUGACAACCAAUACCGACCUGGUCAUAAUGAGGUAUUACUGAAUGCCACAGCCUACCAGAUGUAGCAGAGGGCAAUGGUUGUUUCAUCCACCUUGGAUGGUAUUUAUACUUGGCUCUAACUUUGUCAUCUUUUUUUGUGUUUCCUGUCAACAUAUUUAUCUACUAUGUUAUGUAUACAUCUUGCUCUUUAUAAUAUCUACUCAUUAAAGAAUUGUAAAAACAA